GCCAUUACCUGCAGAAAAAAAAAAUCAAAAAAAUUACAAAUGGUUGAAGUGAUGGCAGCGAGCAGCGGCGGAGUCGAUUGGUCUUUAGUUUUAAGGCCCUUUUUGUCCCCGAAUUACGAAAAUACGAAUAGCGCGGAACUCUUUGAACUAUGUUCUACGAUCGUCAAAAGUGAGACGGAGAUCUGGAGGCACAAGGAGACCCACAAGAACUUCUACAACACCUUCACGGUCUUGGCGGCCGAUUAUAUCAGCAGCAGCAUCUCCAAAUUAUCUGGCAGUCAAUUGGAAACAGCCAAUGCAGCAUGUAGAGUACUACUAAAAUACUUGCUUAAUGCACUACAGUGUGCAAGCAGUGAACAGUACCAGGACAGCGUUGCCAUUGAAAGGUACCUAAAUGCAGUAAGAGUCUUAUGUAGUGGAACAGGAUUGCUUAGUACCACAGAGGUGUCCAAUUUAGUUGAUACCAUGAAGGGCGAACAACUCCCCCAGCAAACUAAUAAUGUGUCUGUUACUGGAAACGAAAAAGACACCACCAACAAACAAGAAUCACCAAAAAACAGACCCGACUUAUCAGUCACCAUCUUCGAACGUCUCACCCUACCGAUCAGAGAUGGUCCCCAAAUCAGUGACUCAACAGUCAUCCCCCCUUUACCAGAAAAUAUCACUGAUUCAGACCCUACAGUAGAAAUCAAUAGACUAUUUCUGAGAGCCAACACGGAGAGCCUACAAGCCCUUAGGGCGGGCGACACCCUGAUAGACCUAUGUCUCAGUUUGCCGAUGUUAAAAAAAGCGAAAGCCAAAGUGGAAGAGGCUUUGGCGGGCAGACAGUUCACGAUUCCGUCCAAUCACGCGGAGGCUUUGGCACAUAGGAACAGCCUGCCGCAGACCGUAUCGGAAAUCCAAUUGGCGAUGUCCGCGAUCAAUUUGCCGGUACUGGAACCCCUUAGCGCCCCGAAGCUGGAUAAGCUGUGCAACUUAGCUAUGGCGGCGCUGUAUUGCGCCGUGGCUCAAGCCGCGGCAAGCGCGUGUCUUAGCACGACCAGCGCGGUCUCGCCGAAAGUUACAGGACAAGCCCAAGCAGCCAAUUUAAAAGAAGAAGACCUGGAUUCUAAUGCCGUAAAGGUGGUUGAAGAGGCGUUAAGCAUGUACGGCUAUAUUGGAAGUGUGGUGAAGGGCUCCACUAGGGCUGGAGGACAUGCCUAUCAGAAUUACUUAUUAGCCGGGGCGUGGGUUUUGGUUUCCGGAUUGCAAACUCACCUUAACCAGACUACGAGCGAAAAACCAACCGCGCACCCCUCAAGGGAAAGGGAUAAUGCAGAGAAAGGACGGCCGAGUCCCAGUAAACAAGGACAAAGUCGAGAUGCCCCAUCUUCAGCGCCAGGAAGCGCCGGCUCGGCCAGAUCCGGACUCCAAAAGUUCCAGCAAUGUUUCGGUGUCCUCAGUGUGGCCCUGGCUACAAAAGCCCUCGCCCUAUUAUCGGAUUUGUUCGAAGAUCUCGGCCUGGAAGUGUGCGGCGGUUCUGUAGGGAACGUUGUGACGAUCGAGCCGGCACCAUUGGCGAUUUUAGGCCAGUUUACUGCCCUACAAAGGGUCGCUCGGAUUUUAGGGGCCGCCCCGUUAAACCAUCUGCUAUUUUACCUGUCCAUAGUGAGUUACCGUAAGGCGUGUUCGUUAAAACGGCUUAUGCCGCCGGAGGGCGAUAAUUUCAGUCAGUCCGAUUCGACUGUUUACUUUGAAGAUAUGAUUUUGUGUAGCGAUUCCACCGAUGAAGAUGAUGAUAGCGAGCCGAUUUUGGGACAGUGGUUCGAAGAGACUCUGGCCCCGCCAGAACCGGAGGAAACCAAGUCGAAUUCAAGCAGCGAUAACGCGGAUACGAAGUCGAAUAAUCAAGGGAAUACUAAUCGGGGGAGUUCGGUUGUACCUGAAAAAGGAGAGGUGGACGGUUACAUAUCCUUAGCCACAAGCAUUUUCGUCUUCCUAAACAAACACUUCUUAUGCACAAAAUCGACUUUCGUGCAGCGUUACGUGAAAACCGGCCUAACCGAGCAACAGAUGAUCAUUUUGGCCGCGAUUAUUCGAGAUUUGGAUCGGGAGUGGGCCAAAUCCGAGCUCGGUGGCCAAUAUGCGGAGUUUUCGAGUGCCUUAAUGAAAUUUACCCAUAACCUGAUAACCAGCAACAAUCUGACGUCAUUGCAGGCGUGUCUUUUGAAUCAUUUAGGGGUUUCCCCGUGGAACGCCGAUGUACCGCACGCGUGGCCCUUGCAAGUUUAUCCCAGGACCCUCACGGUUUUAGCGCAGGUGCUACUUUUAAGACCCCAGAACGAGAAGGAGGCAUCUGUGAUUAGCAUUUGGCAUCGAUUAGUGAACACGUUGAUUGAAAAUGUAUUGAAUGCUCCAUCGACCGCUUCCGAGGGCGAUUUCGAAGAUUUGAACGUGGAACACGCAGAGGUUCUCCUCUACCUUUUCCACACGUUAAAUUUAAUGCAAAAAAAAUCCGUGGUUCUUCUGAUGGCCGGCGGUGUGCUCAGAUGUUCCGAAAUAGCCCGUAGCAGCCUGAAAGAUUCACAAUUAUUAAACUUAUCUAGGCUUUUGUUGCUUUUCGAUUAUAUUAUGAAGCAUUUGUACGAUGUACCUACCAGUUUAUUGGAGAAAAUUCAAAGGAACUUAUUUGACCUCACUUACCUGAACGCGGACUUUAAAGAUCCGGGAACGCCCAAACCGGAUGCGAUUUGGAAGGAAAUCGAGACGCCUUACAGGAGGAUUACUAACGAGAGCCACCCGACACCCAGAUUUUAUAAAUUAUCGAAUCUAGAGAUCAACAACCAAGACUCUCCCAAACUGGACGGACUCGCCUGCAACUUUAUCUUGGGUACGCCGGACAAGCUCCGCUACCCCUUACUCCUGGACGCCCUGAUCGAAAUCCUUAACGUUACGCACAACAUAAACGCCACUAGCUCCACCAAAAUGACCACUUUGGGACUGUUUGGUACCCAGUACUGUUUUACCAUCUGCUGGAGGCUUUUGCAUCUUUUGCCCCCCUCGAUACCUUAUAUGGAACGUUUGGCUAGCGGAGAGGUUCUCAGUCCCGGACCGUUGCUUAUGCACUCGUUAAUUUGGGGUCCGAGGGCCGCCCAUAAGAAUUUCACUCGUUGGUUGAAGGAUUGUCUUGUUAAACAGGGUAUGUACACCCAAAAUACCGACAAGCUGCUUAAAGCGGUCUCUGAUGCGGUAAACACAUUGGAAUCAGACGCAAGUGUCGCAAAGAGUUGCGUUACAGCUUUAAUGCCCGAUACGAAAGUGGUGCUGAAUAAGGAGGACUUGCCGCCCCUGUGGCAACUGAUCCUUUUGGACUGUCUUAUUGCCAAGGUUGAGGUUUCUUUGACCGAUACGUGCGAUCCAGAUGCACCCCCGUCCACCACCGUUCCAGAACCCUCUUGCAUCCAGGAUUUGGUUCCGCAAGUCAUUAAAUUAGCCAAGGCAAUCCUUCACUGUACCAGAUGGACCAUGUUCCAUUCAGUUGUCGAUCAAAAUGAAAAUACCGAAAAAAUUCAAUUGAGAGACUUGCAACCAUUACACGACGUUUUGGCCAUAUGCUCAAAAGAUAACGCCCUUCUGAGCACUUUGGCGACAGAGAUUGAGGCAAAUCUGCCCUCCAGUGUCAGCACGGUGCUUCAAGAGUGGAAAUGUUCCUUUUUGGACGACAUAUACUCGAUGCAGUACCGCAACGAUAUAAUCCCCUCAGAAAAUUACCUUUUGAGGAUAAUAGACGUUCAUAUGUCCUCGCUGUCCAAAUCUUCAACAUUUAACAUCGAUCUAAGCCUGAAAAGUACCCUGGAAAAUUUGGUGAAGUUCGUGGUGCAAAGGGCCCCGAAAAUCGAAAACACCGACACCAAAAAUAAAGCGAUCGAAUUGCUGAUAUCGAUCACGACCGAUGCGAGGACGGAAUAUUUGUAUCACGUCGCCAUCCUGGCUUUGGACAAGAUGAUCGGGGAUGCCGAGACCGACGAGAGGCAGAAGAGAGUUUAUAUUCGAGUUUUAGAUCACACUUAUAAUUUGCUGAUGAAUUACACUAAUGCUGUACAUGAGCAAAAGAGUUUGAUAAACGAGAAGAUAUUACACAGUUGUCUGAUGUUUUAUGAGAAAAUUAUCGAGAAGAGUUCGGGGAGGCAGGCAUUAGAGACUUUCUUUACCGGCGAAAAAGACCUAGUAAAAGUGCUAAUGUCCGUAUCGAGUCCGCGCAUGUCCCAACAAUACAGCACCAGGGUCCUUCACUUCUUCAACAAACUGUUCCAAGCGGCAGAGAAGAGCUCGACCGAUCCCAGUUUGAACUAUUUGUGCUCGAGCAUGGGCAAACUGGCCCAAGUGGAGAGCGAGAAACUGCAAAGGUGGCUCAGGCAGAUCAUUUUGGGGCCCACAGAUGCCGAGGCUACCAGGUAAUAUCCCAAAGUUAAGCAAAUGCUUGAUGAAGUUCACUCUUGGGGUGUUUUUUUUUGUAGUGAGUCGGUUUUGAAACCGAAAAACGCCACUGGUUCCGAAGAGAAAGAACUGUAUGUCGCCAUGGAAGGUAACGAGGAUAAAAAGUCUUUGGUGCAGGAAAAUAGUCAGUUGUUGCAAGCCCUGACAAGCUAUAUAGUAAAACAGACAAGCAACGUUGCAGAAGACGUCUCGAUCACCAUCCUCAAGGCCCUCAUACCCCUCGGAAAUCACAUCCUGAGCCCGGCCCUCGAAGGUGUCGGUUUCACCGAGCUAAUGGAAGUGAUGGUGAUGCUGGCCGACGCCGGUACCGGACGGGGUCACGCUGAUUUAUUCCCUGCCGCCGCACAGUGGGUCGAAUUAUGCGUAAAAUACGUAAAAAACCCGGAAAUUAGCGAGAAAAUCUCCAACAGUCCCGAUUUAAUGAAGAACAGCAGCAUGUUGAACGCCGCCUCUUGCGUUUUGGAUUAUUUGAGCGACGUGGUUUUGUCUAUUACUGAACCGCCACCGAGGUCUGUGUCUCCCCAAUGGGAGCACGAGAGUCCACUGGACCUAGAAUUAGAUUGGCAAGAAGAGUCGAACGAGGACGAUGACAGUGGCGAGGAUUCGGACGAGGACUCGCUUUGCAACAAAUUGUGCACAUUUACAGUGACUUUAAAAGAAUUUAUGAAUCAGCAUUGGUAUCAUUGUCACACUUGUCGCAUGUUAGAUGGCGUGGGCGUUUGCUCGAUAUGUGCCAGAGUGUGCCACAAGGGCCACGACGUAACUUACGCGAAAUACGGUAAUUUCUUUUGCGACUGCGGGGCGAAGGAGGACGGCUCGUGUCAGGCGUUGGUGAAGAGAAGUCCCGCGCAAAAUCCGGAUAGUAGCGGGGGGCAUCAUCAGAAGGCCGCCAAAGAGGAGGAACAACAGCAGCAUGUGUUAGCCAGCUCGUUAAGACGUCGCGCUAGUAGUCCCAUAAGCACCGACAAGAUCCUGUUUGAAGAGAAGCGUGCGGACCACGAAAAAAAGAAACUAGACGAAUCCAAAGAGUUCUUAAUGAAUUAUUUGAAGAACAGCCAAGUGACCUCUUCCCUACUAGAAUUCCUACAGGGUUUGAUCCCCGCCAUCGAGUCCACCUGUAACCUGAACAGUCCCGUAGGCUGUCACGUGCGCGGCGUAAAGGCUUUAGAGCAACUGUUCAGCCCGGACAAGAAAUAUUUACAUACGGAUUUACUGAUGUUGCCCACGUUGGGUUCGCAGGAGGGAGCCUUUGAAAAUGUGAGGAUGUCUUAUGCUGGAGACCAGGGACAGACCAUAAGGCAACUUCUAUCCGCUCACAUUAUCAGGCGGGUCGCUAUGUGCUGUAUGACCACAACACAAGGUAAACGACAACACCUGGCGGUUUCACACGAAAAGGGCAAAAUAACGGUCCUCCAACUGUCCGCCCUACUGAAACAAGCCGACUCAGCUACGAGAAAGUUGACUUUAAACAGACUCAGCUCUGCCCCGAUACCUUUCACAGUGCUCUCUAUGACGUCUAACCUGUGCAACGAAGAUUUUUUAGCCGUCUGCGGUUUGAAAGACUGCCACGUGUUAACGUUCAAUACUAACGGCCAAGUGACCGAUCAUUUGGUACUGCACCCUCAACUGGAAACUGGGAAUUUUAUUAUUAAAGCCCUUUGGUUGCCUGGCUCGCAAGUCGAACUGGCCCUGGUGACCGCUGAUUUUGUUAAAAUUUUCGAUUUGAGCAAGGACGCGGCCAAUCCGCAAUAUCACUUCUUAGUUCCGAGCGGUAAGAUACGCGACUGUACUUUUAUGUACGAGGACGGGAUUUAUCAUAUUAUGCUGAUGUCGUCACCGGGGCAUAUUUAUACCGAGGUGCUAAACGAGGAAAGUUCCACUAAGUUUGGAAGCUUUUAUGUGACAAAUACUUUAGAGGUCUUCCACUUGGACGUGACAGAUGUCAACGGUCAUGUGGCGGGCGGCGGAGUAUCGAUCCACUACUCCCACACCCUAAGGCUACUAUUUUACAGUUACGCCCAAGGCAAAAGUUUCAUAUCCCCUAUUGUACCGAAAAGCAACUGCUUAUCCACGGUGUUUCCUAUAACCAUACCGCAAACCUCGGCACCGCCGAACGGUUCAAACCCGAAGAGCAACAGCACAAGAAGCCCGAAUCCGCAGCCGUUGUGCCAAUGGACUGAGAUUCCCAAUCAUCCCGGUUUGAUUUGCUGCGCCAUGCAGUCCAGCAAUCAACCGGUGGUGUUGAUGAUUAAACCAGAUUCGAUUUUGAUACAAGAGAUUAAAGUAGUGCCGUCUAAGUCGAAAAUAACCGACAUGGUGGCUAUAAGGCACAAUUCCGGAAGCGAACAAAGAACCACGUUAAUUCUGUUAUGCGAGGACGGCAGUUUGAAGAUGUUCAUCGCCAAUAUGGAUCAAACUGGGUUCUGGAUGUCCGGCAGUAUACAAGCGACCGUGCCAGUCGGUACCUCACUAAAACCGAAGAAAAAGAAGCCGAUUAAAGCGGGCAAGACCUCGAGCACCCCCGUGUUUCCCGUUGACUUUUUUGAGCAUUGCACGCCGAUGAACGAUGUCGAGUUUGGCGGGAACGAUUUGCUUCAAAUUUACAAUGCGGCCCAAUUAAAGCAUCGGCUAAACUCAACCGGACUAUACGUGGUCUGUAACAAGGCCCAAUUCCAACUGGAAGUGACAAACAACGAUCCCAACCUGGUGAUGUGCGGAAUUCGGGUUUUGGUCGGCACUCAGGACCCUCAGAAGGCACCCUCGUAUAUUGAAAUUUUUGGUCGGAUAAUAUCGACCGCGGUUACGAGGAGCCGCUGGUACGAUGUUCCGUUCUCGCGAGAAGAGAGUCUUCAGGCCGAUAAGAAAUUAACGAUACUUUUUGGACCUUGUCAGGACCCAGAACUAAUGACAAUGAUAGAUUGCGUAAAAGUGUAUGGUAAAACCAAAGACACAUUCGGUUGGCCAGAGGAUACGGACGAGGGAGCCAACUCGAACGCGAACUCCUCCAACGGAAGCGCCUCAGGUAACACGUUGGGAUUAAGUAACGACUCCGACGGUCAAACGGGGGCCUCUCAGCAACUCUCUAAACUGGAGCGCCUCGCCAUGGACGUUUUUAGAAGCUUGGACAGUUCACUGUACGUUUACGCCAACGAGGAGAAAUUCACCAAACUGAAGCCUGUCGCACUGAAAAUUGCCACUCGGUUGUUGACUCUGCCCACACCGGCUUCGAUCCAAGUGCAUUCUAAAGCCUUAAUGUUGACGUUGCACCCCACCAAGGCUCAGUAUCAUAGCUAUAAGGACCAGGCACUUUUGGAGCAUGUUUUGAGCGAAUUAGCGGCAAUGACUGAGAAAAAAGAUUCACAAGGAGCAACGGACUUGGACGCGGAGUCUUAUUACCGGCUCGUAUUAAUAGUACGCGGCAUAGCGGUAUCGAGGCCUCAAAACCUUAUCAAGUUCGCCGACAGUCACGCGUCAAUUCAGGAUGUGACCGUGGACGAUCCUCUGGACUCUCCAGAAAAUGGGGAAAAGGACAAGAAAAAGGAAUCGGGGCAUCUCUUGUUGCAGCUGAUGGACGUUUUGUGGAUGUUGCACCAGUUGAAUCCGGAGAUUCCAGCUUUGGCUCCGGUUGUGGUACCUGGAUUGAAAUAUACCGAACAAGUAAUUCACGCCCUAAUCGAAAUAAUCCACGCCUUCCAAACCUCGGAGUCCUACAGCAACAUCUGCGUCGCUCUAUAUCUACAGCUGUUACUCUGUACCGACUCCACCAUUGCAUUUAGCGCGAAGCAAGGCCUAUGUAAAGUACUAAAACCGAGAGUGAAACGGCGCAAAGUCUACAUUCCGUCGCCGGUCCGUUGCGACAGUCCCCCGCCUAGCAAAUCGUCCUCGAGUGUGGAUCAAGCGGCCGCCCCUACGCCGCCCACGCAAAACGAGGCGACGCCACAAGCGCCGCCGCCCCCGGUGGCCGCCGGCGGUUUCGACGUCGACAUGGUAGCGGCCAUCGAUUUACUAGAACACGGCGGGGCGGCCGGUUUAAACCCGUUGGAAGCUUUAUUGGGCGGGGCGGUCGGAUUUUCACCAUUGUUGGAUAUACCGCCGGAUGCAGAUGAUGAAACGAUUGUGGAGUUGGCCAUAGCCUUAAGUUUGCAGGAACACGAAAUGGGAGGAGCGGCCGGACAAGGAGGUGCAGCACCCGAGGUGCAAGCGUUGCAAAAUUUACAGGCGCAACUGAGAGGGGCGGUGCAAGGACAGGCGGCGCAGGCUCAACAGGAGGCCGCGAAUUUUAGUGAUACCACCGCCUCGGCCGCCGGAUCAGACGACGAAGGUUCUACAGCGGCCACGGACGGGUCGACCUUACGCACUUCCCCCGCAGAACAAGGUGGAAGCGCGGGCUCAGAAAGCGGCGGAAGCGGAGUAGAUAGUAUUACAGGUGAACACAACGUAUCUGGAAGAUCGUCCGCUUACGGUGACGAAGCCAAUAUUGCUCGAACGGGUGAAACAAGCACUGGAGCCGCCUCGGCCCAAGGUAAAACACCCUUGCCUUCGCCAAUAACCUCAUCCGAAUCAUCAUUCUUAGUUGCAGCAACGGAACAAACUCAACGGCCUUCGCAAGGCAGCGACACAUUAGCUCAGAUUCAAGAGGAAUUAGAAUGCGAGAGUGAAAGCGCCGCGAAACUGCACGGACUACGGUUACAGCUACUCGAGAAGCUCGUCGCAUACUUGCCGAGGCUGAAAAACGCAGAGGGUGGACGCACUAUACCGUUCUUCCAGGUUAUGUCACAGUUAACCAGCGAUCUGGACGGCACGUGUGACCGCGAUAAAAGUUGCCUCAAUUCACUUAUGACCGCCGUGAGCGAAGAGUUGAAUUUUACUGGCGAGAAUAUCCAGAGCGUUUGCGCACGCUCCAAACAAGGAGAGGUCCAUCUGUUGCUCUUAAAAUUAAUUUCUAAUUUGUUGCAAAGGAACAAGUCAUCUUCGAGCUCCAAAUCGAGUGGAUCGAGUGACGUUUUAAAUUACGUGGCCCGGACUGCCGCGACGUUUUUACACAAGAACGGAAUCAUUAAUUAUUGCCUGAAAAUAUGCCAGACUUUACUUCAUGACUAUUGGAAACAUCAGACCGAGGAAGAGAAUAAUAUUGCCACAACGACUGGUAACCUCCUCAAGCCUCAUCUGACCCAUCCACUACCGGAUAUGUCUCCGUUUUUCAUAAAAACCCAACUGAAAGAGAACUCGACCGACGUAUUUACCAAUUACCCGCAUCUAAUCACCGAAAUCAUUCUGAGACUACCAUAUCAAGUGCAACGCCUAUCGGAGAUUAACGAGAGCGCCACCGCUGCUUUCGAUGGUCCCUGGUACAGAAUUCUAUGCGAAUAUAUGAUGACCUCGCUGCCUCCCGCCUCGAGACGUAACGCCCGCAAACUGCUACUGUACAUAUGCGGCAACAAGGAAAAAUACCGACAGCUAAGGGAUUUGCACGCCUUAAGUACGCAUUGCCUGGGGGUGAAACAGUGCUGCACGAAAGGGGGUUAUCAGGUCAAUUCCGACAUGCAACACGCGCUCAGUUUGCCUUAUGAUAGUCUGGUCGAGUUGGUGGAGCAUCUUAAGGCCUGCCUGGAUAUUGCAACGUUUAGAACAGGAAAUUGGCAGAGAUUUUGCUUACACACCGAAGAAAUCUUACCGUAUUUGCUUAGGGUGAGCUUCUUAUUAGACGACGGAGUGGCCCCAACAAUUCUCCACCUCUUAACUAGCGCCCUAGUAUAUAAUUCCAACCAACAGAAUAAAAAAUCAGACGGGUCCAAGUCCAGCAGAAAAGAGCGUGAAAAAUCGGACGAUUCGGCCGUGGAAGCCCUCUUUGAAGAGUCAAACUCUGUUGCUCUGGUAGACCAAAUCAAUAAGCAGGUGUCCAGGGAGACUCUGGCGCGGUUUUUAAAAGCGUUUUUGUUGGAAAAUAAUACAACGACCGUGAGAUGGCAGACGCACGCGUUCGUUCUCGCUCUGUACCAAAAUUCCAAACCGAAGGAGCAGGAGAGCUUAUUGGAGCUGCUGUGGCGACUCUGGCCUUUGUUACCUGCUUAUGGUAAAAAAGCCGCCCAGUUUGUCGAUUUGUUGGGUUACUUCUCCCUUAAAUACACUGAAAAACCUGAAGGACAAGGCAAAAUCGACGAUUACGUUCAAAAAGCGGUAUCGGUGCUCAGAACUCAAAACGAACUGCUGGCCCACCAUCCGAACGCCAAUCUGUACGCCCACAUGUCUCAAUUCGUCGAAUUAGACGGUUAUUAUCUUGAAUCUGAGCCUUGUUUGGUAUGUAAUAACCCUGAGGUACCAUUCAGUACGAUAAAACUCUCAUCCAUCAAAGUGGACUCGAAGUUCACUACAACCACUCAAAUAGUAAAACUAUUAAGCAGCCACAUUAUCAGCAAAAUCACCGUACGGAUCGGGGAUUUAAAGAAAACAAAAAUGGUGCGCACCAUUAAUAUUUAUUAUAAUAACAGGAGCGUUCAAGCGGUAGUGGAACUGAAAAACAAGCCGGCCCUAUGGCAUAAAGCGAAAAAAGUGACUUUACAGUCCGGACAAACUGAGGUGAAAAUCGAGUUUCCUUUACCGAUUGUCGCUUGCAAUAUUAUGGUGGAAUAUGGAGACUUUUAUGAGAAUAUUCAGGCAAGUAGCGAGACUUUACAAUGCCCCCGAUGUUCCGCUUCAGUACCGGCCAAUCCGGGAGUCUGUGCCAAUUGUGGCGAAAACGUGUUCCAAUGUCACAAAUGCCGCGCCAUCAAUUACGACGAGCGCGAUCCCUUCUUAUGUCACGCCUGCGGAUUUUGUAAAUACGCCAAGUUCGAUUUCACUCUGCAAGCAAAACCGUGUUGUGCCGUAGAACCUAUCGAGAAUGACGAGGAUCGUAAGAAAACCGUCUCUAGCAUCAAUUCUUUACUGGAAAAAGCGGAUCGGAUUUAUAAACAGCUGAUUUCGAACAAACCAACUCUGGAAUCGCUCGUGUUAAAAAUCACGGAGCAUAGGAGCGACCGGAAAGACGAAACUGGAUCGAGUAACGUGGCCAAUGGUACCGGUAAUAAUAAUAAUAACUCGGUGGCCCCGACGGCGCAAAACCCGGUGGCCCAAAUGGCGCAAGUAAAAGUGAAUAGAACCAUACAGAUGCUGGCGCAACAGUAUUGCAACGAGUGCAAGACGAGCUUCGAGGAGUUGAGCAAAAUUAUUCAAAAGGUAUUGGCAUCCAGAAAAGAGUUGGUCACUUACGAAAGGAAACACCAUGACAUGGAUUUACCUCAAAGCACAUCGGUUUUCCAUGAUUUGCCCAAAUCUUCUGAGCCUUUUGUGGUGAACAAAUGUUACGGGUGUGCUACGGCAUCCACCGAGCACUGUCUCACCUUACUGAGAGCAUUGGCCUUAAAUAGAACCACAAGACAAACGUUGUGCUCUUACGGUUUAGUCCAAGAAUUAGUGUGGAAUAAUUUAAGAAAAGGAAAUAUUAGUAAUCAAGAGGACGUCCGAUUGCUCUUGUGCACUUUAACCAGGGAUAACCCGGAAGCUACCGAGCAUUUAUGCAACAUUUUAAUGACCAGGAUCAGUAACUGUUUGAGCGGGAAUCUAAACAGUACCGAUUUAGGUGCAAGUAUCCGUCACGAAAUGGCCCUUUUAGCCGCAAUGGUUCAAAAAGAAGACGACUGUUGGGAACUGAAACUCGGCUGCCUGAUGUCGCUCUUCGUCAAAGCCUGCGAGGACUCGAAGAGUCCCACGGUGAUGGAGAGCGUGAUAUUGCCCUGUCUGAAGAUUUUACAGAGUCUUAUCAGGAUCCCGGAACCUCCAGCGCCUCCCGCUACCAAAAAAACUAAAGAAAAAACGAACCAAAAUAAAAGCGGCGGUGCGCCAAAAGUGGUGCCGCUGCAAGCACCCGUUGAAGUUAAGAAGUUUUUGAAAAAAGUGCCGGACCAUAGUUUUAGUGGAUGGAAAACUCGCUUAACAAAACGCUCCGAAGCCAAACUGAACGUUCUCUCAAGCAAAGAGGAAGUGCGUCAACUGUACCUAACCGAAAAAUAUGCGCGCAAAUGGCGUAGACGCGUGAAAAAACUGCACGAGACUCGACAUCCGGUCCUGAGCGCCACCUCGUGGCUGGAAACCGUUUUAUUUAAUCCUAGUUCGCGGCAAGCCCGUACCGUCGCUUGUAGCAUUGUGCAAACAAUGUCGAACACUUACGAGAGGAAAAAAGAAAUAAUCACUUUACUCACGUGCUUUUUAACCAACUUAAAUGAGGCAGGGGAGGCGGCCGCCGAAUUUUUACAAUUGUACCAGAGCAUGGUGCAAAACACUCCUUGGAAACAGUUUUUGACCAUCAAGGGUCUUCCAUUAGUUUUGGCCAAUCUAAUGACGCAGGAGAUCAAACAAAUUCACCGACUAGAGACGACCACCCUGACCUCGGAUCUGGCUCAGGGUUACGCCCUGAAUCAACUUACAGAACUUUUGGCUGAGUUUUUGGAGGAUAACGCCAUCAGAAGGCAGUACAAGUCCAGAUUAGUUGGUGCGGUUUUGAACGGGUAUUUGUCGCUAAGACGGCUGGUCGUUCAACGAACCCGUCUGAUCGACGACACUCAAGAUAAAUUGCUGGAAUUGUUGGAGGACAUGACGACCGGUACUGAGGAAGAAACUAAAUCUUUUAUGUCAGUUUGUAUACGAACCGUCGAGGAUUAUAGUUUGCAAGACAUUCUGACGCCCGUUUUUAUUUUUGAGCGGUUGUGCUCCAUCAUUUAUCCAGAGGAGAACGAUAUAGGCGAAUUCUUUUUGACUUUGGAGAAGGAUCCGCAGCAAGAGGACUUUUUACAAGGUCGUAUGUUGGGCAAUCCAUACCACCACUCGGAAACGGGCAUGGGACCCCUGAUGCGCGACGUAAAAAACAAAAUUUGUCAAGACUGCGAACUGGUCGCCUUAUUGGAAGACGACAACGGGAUGGAGCUACUAGUCAACAAUAAAAUCAUGAGCUUAGAUCUACCGGUAAAAGACGUUUACCGGAAAAUCUGGCUGUCGGAAGGGGGCGACUUGGACACGAUGCGAGUGGUUUAUAGGAUGCGCGGUUUAUUAGGUGACGCCACCGAGGAAUUCAUCGAAACCCUGGACAAUAAGGGACAAAGCGCCGUGGACAACGAGGAGGUGUACAAGAUGGCGAACGUGUUGGCCGAUUGUGGCGGACUGAAGGUGAUGGUCACGCGACUCGGUGCGAUUCAAAAUGUGUGGCGGGCCAAGCCGUUGGUUCAGGUGCUCCUGAAGCUUUUCAAGUUGUGCGUGAAGGUGAACAAGUGUCAGGAGGUUUUGAUUGAGCCGGAACAGGGGGCCAUCGAGGCCUUUUUGAAGAUUUUACAGUUGUGUUUGCAAGGCGAGUCGGGUGCUAGUCAAUCGGCCAUAGCCGGUCAAAUUUUGGAAAUAAUGGAGACUUUAAUGUCGAGGGCCACCAGUAGACCUUUGGACGUGUUUGAGAAGCUCUCCGCGACAUUCGGAGGAUCCGAUUAUGUCAAGUCUCUGUUAUCGUUUACGACGCACCCUGCAAUAAGGGAUAACUCGGCGGUGCUGGCCCACCUGACGCGAGUCUUAGCGGCCCUAGUUUACGGAAACAAAGAGAAAAUGGAGAUUUUAUUGGAUCACUUCAAGAACGUGUUGGAAUUCAACAAAUACGACGCCGAGCACAGUUCAGAAGACCAACAAAAACUAGAAAUGUUCUGCAUGCUGACCAACAGUAUCGAGAGGAACGCCAUAGGGAAUACCCUUAAAGACUACAUCUUAUCCUUGGGCGUUGUGAAAGAAGCCUUGGCGUACAUCGCGAUCCACGCACCAUGUGUAAAGCCCACAUUAUUAAGGACAGAUAGUGACGAGUUAAAAGACUUCAUUUCGAAGCCGGCUCUCAAGUACAUUUUGAGGUUUUUAACCGGGUUGGCGCACAGUCACGAGAACACCCAACUGGAAAUAUCGAAAGCGGAUACAAUUCCGAUUAUUCAUCGUUUGGAGCAAGUUUCUUCGGACGAACAUGUCGGUUCUCUCGCAGAGAAUUUGUUGGAGGCGUUGUGUACUAAUGCCGCAGUCGCUAAACAAAUUGAAGAGGUAAGAGAGUUUACGAGAUCUGAAAAGAAACGUUUGGCGAUGGCAAUGAGGGAAAAACAAUUAGGCCAGUUAGGGAUGCGCACAAACGAUAAGGGCCAGGUGACGGCCAAGUCGACGAUUUUACAACAAAUCGAGGAACUAGGCGAGGAAUCCGGUCUGGUCUGUUGCAUUUGCCGGGAGGGCUACAAAUAUCAACCGACCAAAGUGUUGGGCAUUUAUACGUUUACGAAACGGUGUAACGUGGAGGAAUUCGAGAGCAAACAACGCAAAAUAGUCGGUUAUUCGACUGUUACCCAUUUCAAUGUGGUCCAUAUCGACUGCCAUAUGUCGGCGGUCCGACUCGCACGAGCUAGAGACGAGUGGGAAUCGGCUGCGUUGCAAAAUGCCAAUACGAAGUGUAACGGGCUGUUGCCGCUUUGGGGUCCGCAAGUGCCGGAAUCGGCGUUUGCCAGUUGUUUGGCCCGGCAUAACACUUAUUUGCAAGAAAGUACCAACCAUCGUGAUAUGGGCCACGCAUCAACCAUCCACGAUUUAAAACUGUUACUGUGGCGAUUCGCGCAGGAAAAAUCGUUCCACGAAGACACCGGGGGCGGCGGUCCCCAGAGCAAUAUGCACAUGGUGCCUUAUUUGAUCCACGUCGGUCUUUAUGUGAUAAAUACGACAAGGGUGUAUUCUCGUGAAUUCGCUGCCUUAACGGCAUACGGUAGUGCAGAUCUGAAUGGCGAUUUGGCAUAUCAGGCGGAGGGACCCUUGUACAUGGCCACUUUGGCCGUGUUCCUUAAAAGCCGCAGCGAGUGGGAAAAGGACCGAUUGUCCCAUUUGUCCAGGUUAAUUGUGAUAGCGCAGCAACGGUUGCUGCAACCGACCGGACCGAGUACAACCUUAACCGACCGCUCGGUUAAAGAUUAUAGCGUGUACAAGCCUUAUUUGCUCUUCUUCGGACUGAUCGACGCUAUUUAUAAGUAUUUCUUUAAGGAUGUAGAAGGGGAGUUUGAACAGUGGCCGACCAAUUUGGCCGAUUACAUCAGACACAACGACGAGGCGCUGAUGAAAAACUCCGAAAAGUUACUCGGGUAUUUUACAGAAGAGUUGCUGCCCUGCGCCUCGUUUGGCGAGUUCUGUGAUGUUGCCGGUUUGUUUGAUGUGGUUCCUGACCCGGAUAGUUACAUAAAUUCAGUUCUGUCUGUAGUGAAAUGACCCUCUUAAACACCCAAGACCAAUCCACGACUUGCUGCAAGUUGAAUCACUCACAGCAUGGUGGCGCUUUAUACAAAACACUAUUAUUAACCUUGUAUGUAAUAUCUUAGUCAACAAAUUUAAUAUUGCUGUUACUAAAUUAAUAUUACCCUUUUGCUAUUCUUUUUGUCUUAUUUGAGUGGGAGUUUAAUUUACUUGUAUCUUAUUUACCGAUAUUGUGUUAUGAAAUAAUAGAAAUCUUUAAAAUCAUUA